AUGGCGCUCCAGUUUUACACCACGCAACCAACCAACGACCGCGACUCCGAGAUCGUCACAGAUUCCGAGCCAGAGAGGGAAGAGCGCAGGCGACGAGCUAAGGAGCUUAAGAAGCGCACAAGGCGACCCCUUCAAUCUGCGAAAGUGAACGCAGAAAUCAUCGAGUUGACCGACUCCAGCGAGCCAGAAGCCCUCCCUCUUCGUCCCACCCAGGCCAAUGCUGUCCCGCCCGCAGAUGAAGUCGUCGAGAUCAUAGGCACACGUAUAGAACCUCUCACACGUAAUGAUCGCGAACCCCAACUUGUGGACACACGUAACAACACCGUCCAAAAUGCAAGCAGCAAUACGUUCUUCCCCUCAGUUGGAGAGAUACUCGAUCCGCAUCGUAGCCCCUGGCGUGAAAUGACCGUACCAAUGCCCUCUCCCUCUACCCAACAGCCAAGUCAAGAUGGUAGGUUUAGCGUGCUCUCUCUCCCCAGCUCCUCAUCAAAAUCAGCUCGCGAGCCUACGGCCACCGACUCCGAGGCUGACCCCGACUCCGACUGCAACACCAAACGCAUGAACAUCGCACAGUUCGCCUAUACCAUCAAUGACGUCCGUCGGACCACCUCCAUCGCCAGCUCAUCCCGCAGCGUGUCCUUCAUCGACACCGAACGUUGCGCACCAGCGAAGAAGGUCCCGCGUCUGGCAGCGCACUCGCUCUCGGACGCCUUCCCCGCAUCAGACCUCGCGCGCCUGCUGAAAUGUGUCUGCUGCGACCUUUCCUGGACCGCACGCAAGACCGCCCCACAAAAGAUGAAGCACAUCCAGCUCUGCGCGAAGAAGAACGCGCUGACGCACGAGACGGUCAUCAUCCUCAUCCGCAAGGAACUCGAGGUAGCGCCCCCUCCAGGCACCGCGCAAACGAAUAGUAAGAGUGCAUGCUCCAAAGAGCAGGACAACGCGCGGACGCUGCUAGAAGACGUUCUUGUAGCGGACGGCGCCAAGAAAAAGAAGCGCCGCGUACAGGUGGUGGGCACCGUGCAGAGCUUGCAGGACACGCGCGGCCAGAUCCUCGACAGGGCUCGCCGUUUAAUCGGGGACGCUACUCCUGCCACUGGCGACGCGGUAGCUCUUCGCCAACAUCACGAACCUAGCGCGCGUAGCAUGCCUCCGGCCACUCAGGUGUUUGGCGCAAGCGGACUUGCAAGUGGCCAAGACGCGUCCGCAGCGCAAGUUCCGGGAUUGGCGUUUCCACCAACCCAAGUGUUCGCGCCGAGCAAGUUCGUGGAGGUCGAAGACGACAUGCCGCCGGCCACUCAAGGGUUUGGAAAGCGCGCUCUUGCAACCGGGCUGGACGGUGCGGUAACUAGAACCCAGGGAUUGCCCAGUCAAAUGUUCGGGCCGAGCAAGUUUGCUAGGGACGCGGAACAGGCGCCAUGCGACAUCGACUCCGAAAGCACGCAUGACCGCUCUGGCGACGCGAUGCACUCGCUAUCCUUCCGCUCGGACCUACUUCCAGCUGCCCGAAAGUCCCCAUCCACCAGGUCCCAGCGCGCACCCGCCGCCGGCUCUUCCCGCCAGCCUGCACGGUACACUCGCGUCUAUGAUGAUACAACGUCAGGCGGCUUCGUCUGGCAUUCAGACGCAGAGUCGUCUUGCUCGCCCCAGGUGGCAAACCCCGCCAACUCAAGUGUGCGGCGUGCUAGCCGCGCUCACCGCUCCACCUCACCACUCAAGAGCAACCCGGUGCAGAGCCAGAGCAGAGUGCCGGGAGCGCCCUGUGUCGAGGAAGUGGAUGAACAAGAGUACCAGCCUUAUUCCGACUGGGAGCAGGGGCCCUGGCAGGAUGGUGACCACGACGCACAUCUAUAUUUUAUACCCGAUGAACCACUGCAUGACCAGACCGCUGACGGAAGGCGGUCACCGGGCUCCCCACUUUCAGUAUUCAUGUCUGGACCGGGAAAGACAAUCACCACCACGAGAAAAACAGAACAGACCGCUAGUCACCAAGGUGCCGAAGGCGAGAAAACCGCGGUCCAAGAAGAAAAACAACGCAGACGGCGAGCUUGA